AUGCCGCGUGCAUCGCAUGUGCAUCGUCGCUAAAGUCCAUGCUUGUGUCUUGCCGUCUUUCGUAAACAUGACUUACAAAGGCCAGUCAACUCCGCGCUGUAGGACAGGAGCAAGCUUGGUAAAGCACAAAGGGACGUUCUCUUAUGACUCCAAGUUUUUCCUCAUUCCAAGUGGCACAGGCGUAAAAGUCUACAGCUGUGCUACUGGAGAACGUGUCAGCACCUUUAGUGAGCACAACUCUGAAGUAGUUGCUGUUGUAAGAAACCCAGAAAACCUGGUGCAGGUACUGAGUUGUUCUGCUGAUGGUGUUGUGUACAAGUGGGAUCCUUCAGAUGGUUCUGUGCUUAAGAAACAUGAGGUUUCAAUACCUGGUGUUGUAGGAAAUACAGAGGAGUCUAAGGUGGCAGGCUUCUAUGCUCCACCAUCAUUUUCCUCCUGGUUUGUCCUCAGGCAAAAACCAGAUGCCAGUCACGGGAAGCUUGAGUGCCUGCCUCGUGAUGGCGGAGAAGGCCAGGUGCUGGUGGAGAAGGUGGCCACAAGCAGCUCAUCUCCCAUUGCGUUCAACUCAGACGGUGGUUUCUAUGCAGCCAUCUACAAGGCCAAGCUCUUUGUUGGAACUUCUGGGCUGCCUUCCCAACCUGCAGCUGUGUUUCGAGCCAUGGGCCACAAGAAAGGUGUAAAGUUCUCCUGUGUAGCCUGCCACCCCACCGAGGCAUCACUUGCUACUGGUGACACCUUGGGACGCAUCACCAUCUGGCAGGGCCUCAAAGAGCCAACACCAGUGCGUUCCAUCCACCAUUGGCACACACUUCCUGUUUUUGACUUGGCUUACACUGCUUCUGGCAGUUUCCUACUAAGUGGAGGUGGCGAGUGUGUAUUGGUCAAGUGGAGCCUGCCGUCGGGAGACAGCCAGUUCGUGCCUCGCAUAGGCCUACCCAUCUGCCACAUUGCCACCUCACCUGAUGCCACUCUAAUCCUGACAGCGCACACCGACAACUGCCUGCGGCUAGUGAGCAGCCAGUUGUGUGUGGUGCGCCAAGUGCAAGGACUUGCACUGAGUCAAGGGUCUGCACGUGAGCUGCUGCUUCAUGACCCCCGCACUAGUGCCUUGCUUCUUCGAGGACUGCCAGGGCAUUUGCAGUUCUACCAGCCCCAUGAAGACAAGCAGCUUUUCUGCCUAGACGUGGUGGGUCAGAACUACAUGACCCAGGAGCGGGAGGGUGGCAUCGUCAACACAGAGGUGGUCCUUGCUGCCCUUGCUGGUGACUGGCUGGUCACCGUUGAGCACUGGGCUGAUGACAGCUUGGGCCCCGAGACUCGCCUGAAGUUCUGGCGCUUUGACCACACCCUCCAGAACUUUGUCCUGGACACAAGUGUCUAUGCACCACACAACGGCUUCCUCAAUGACUUGCAACUACACAAGCCAGACAGAGGCAGCAGUGGUGGCACCUUCCUUGCGCUCACAACCGCUAGUGACCGCAAGUUUCGUCUUUGGGCACCACAGGAUGAGGUAGCAGUUCCUGAUGGACCAGCAGCUGCUUCACAGAGCAAAGUGCACGUGAGCUCGUGGAACUGCAUCGGUUCAGGGGUCUUUCGAGGCUUUGUUGCUGGCAAGGGCUCCAUCUCCCAAGAUGGCUCAUUGUUGGCAGUCAGCUUUGGCCGAUCAGCAACCCUCUGGUCUGAGGACUGUGCCAUGAGAGCUGUGCUGGCCCACCCACAGUGCUCAUCCAAUAUCACGGAACUUUCUUUUGGUCAAGGCACCUCCUCACACCUGCUCACAACUUGCACAGAAACGAAGCUGAUUGUAUGGGAUGUCAUCUCCCUUUCAGUUCUGUGGGAACUUGACUGCACAGCUACCUGCCUGGUAGCAGACAUCUCUUCUGACAUGAUGGCAGCCUUCUGCAGCAACAACUCAUUGCUUCUGUUCGAGCCAAGGACCAAGGACUCCGUACAGACCAAUGAUGUCCCUCCUGAAUGCCAGCCAGUCAGAGCAGCCACGUUUCUGCUAAAUAACUCAGCCAGCUCAUGCGGUGAUGCUCUGCAGCGACUCUGCUUCCUCAGCAAAGAGCAGGAACUGUACUCUUGGGUAACGGAUGCCAAGGAAAAGGAAGCUGUGAAGGGACACCAGUCAGUGAAACUGGAGUCACUGCUGCCUCCCACGCCAUUCGGCACUCUGGUGGCUCAAGAGAGUCGAUCAGCUGUGGCAACUGAGGCUCCUGAGCAGUACAGGCUGGGACUCUCCGGCUUCCGGGAAGUGCACCAGCUUCUGGAGGUGGCUUCUCAUGCGUUGCCCCCGAUGACAAGUCUUUAUGAAAACUUGCUGUCCGCAUUCCUCAGCAAAAAGGAACAACGGAAGAGGUUUGCAGAGAAACAUAGUGAAGGAACUGGUUCUGAUGAUGCCAUGAGCCAGGAUGAGUCUGACUCAGAUGUGGACAUGGAUGUAGAUCAAGAACCCGAAAAGCACAAAGUUGUAGAUGCAGACAAGGUGUCGCCUACACACGAGAGCUUACUAGACAGCAUCAAACUGGCUAAAGUGAAGAAUUUUAGCUGGUUGACUAAAGAGAGCUAGCACUGCAUAAGACAUAACAAAUCAUCUCUAGGCUUUCACAUUGUCAUUAUUCAUCUAUUAAAGUGUAUUUAUCAUUUU